GAAUGGAGAGAAGAGAGACGCAGAGAGGACACAAUGGAUCAAGUAAUGCAAUUUGUGGAGCCCAGUCGGAAAGAUUCGAUCAGACUUGUGAAAAGAUGUACAAAGCCAGACAGGAAAGAAUUUCAGAAGAUUGCUAUGGCAACGGCUAUUGGAUUUGCCAUCAUGGGAUUCAUUGGAUUCUUUGUGAAGCUCAUCCACAUCCCAAUUAAUAACAUUAUUGUUGGUGGUUAGAACUGACUCGAUGGUGUUGAGAUAGAAAACGAAGAUGGGAGGACAGCAAGGAACACUUUAUAUUUUGUGCUUCAGUCAAUAAAACUUGUUUUGAUUUGUACAAUGAA